AUGCGGAUAUAUCUGGCUGAGCGGACCCCUCGCGUUAUCGGCAAGAAGCUGGCCGAAACCGCCGUCCAGUUCAGUCAACAGGCCGAAAAGCUCUCUCACCAACACCCGACUGGACAGGAUCCUUCUGUAGCCGUCGAGGCUCAGUUUGUGACACCUCAAGACCCUGUUAUUGUAACUUCAGAUGGCCAACGGCUUCCCGGUGUACCCCUGCAAGAGGCGCAUAAACUUAAUGUCCUCCGCGAAGAGCUCCAAGGGGAACCCAAGACCGUCGAGAUCAAGGAGGGCGACGAGGUAAAGGAGAAGAUCUCCAAUGUUGAAAGUGCAGACACGCGACACCGAAAAGUCGUCCAGCUUCCAGAACAACAGAAUGGCGCAUCAAUGCAGAAGUCGACGACUAAUGGCACCUUGCGAAAGGCCAUGCCUCCAUCGCACACGAAUCCUCUCUUUCCCCCAUUGCCUCUUUACGGGCCGCCUUCAAUGCUUCGAAAUAUUCAAUGUCUAUUCUUCCGAAUAUCAGCCUUCUUCCUCAGUUUGGCAUUUCUUGGAGUUAUUGUUCUGGGUGCUCUAUUUACAAGCAUCCCUUCGCUUUGGAGGAACAUCUUUUACCGGUUAACGUUCCGCAACCCUGACGCACGUCGGCCAUUUUUCGAAGAGGAGAAGCGCAGAGCCCGCGUGAGGCAUGAAAAAGAAAAGGCUUGGAUGCACAAGAAGUCAACAAGCGGGCUCACUUUGGACCGUGUAGAAACCGCCGAAGCGUUUCCACCAACCGAGGGUGGACCUGAUCCGAUCCUGUGCGAUGUGGCAUACUAUGCGCGGAGAGUUGGGCUCGAUGUUGAAACGUUUGAGGUGCAGACCGAGGAUGGGUUCUUGAUUGAGUUAUGGCACGUUUACGAUCCGAAGGAGUACACCGAGCUGGAUGGCAGUACCCGAUCUCACCGAGGACCGGAAGUUUUCCAAGGCCCCAGAAGGAAGUUUAAGGAUCCGAAUCAGAAGCCCAAGUUUCCCGUGCUGCUCAUGCAUGGCUUGCUGCAGAGCUCAGGGGCGUACUGCUGCAACGACGACGAGUCCCUUGCUUUCUGGCUUUGCAAGUCUGGCUAUGAUGUCUGGUUGGGAAAUAAUCGAUGCGGUUUCAAGCCCAAGCAUACACUGCUUGAGUAUAGCGACCCGAGGAUGUGGUGUUGGAAUAUUCGGCAGAUGGGUGUCUUUGAUCUCCCUGCGUUGACAUCGCGAAUCAUCAGCGAGACGGGUUUCGAAAAGAUUGGCCUCAUCUGCCACUCUCAGGGGACGACACAAACAUUUGUUGCCUUGGCAAAGGAACAACGACCUGAACUAGGAGAGAAGCUGACAGUCUUUUGUGCCCUUGCUCCCGCAGCAUACGCUGGACCUCUAAUCGGCAAGAUGUACUUCAAGUUCAUGCGAAUCAUCUCGCCCGGCCUAUUUCGACUCAUGUUUGGGAUUCACGCUUUUAUCCCUUUCAUGAUGCAGAUGCAUCAACUUCUGGAUCCACGCGUGUAUGGAUGGCUCGGCUACAAGGUCUUUUCCUUCCUCUUCGACUGGACAGAUUCCCGCUGGGACCGUGGCCUUCGAAACAGGAUGUUCCAGUUCGCGCCUGUAUACGUCAGCGCCGAGUCGAUGCGAUGGUGGCUCGGUCGGGAGUGCUUUGCCAAGCACAAGUGUAUCUUGGCUACUAAGGAUGCCCUGAAAGCUGAGGAGCACAUGGAUGGAGCAACCGACGGAAGGCCCGUGACACCGAGAACGAAGUCAGCUAUCGAGGCGCACCGGAAACAUCCCAAGGGCUCGACAGCAUGGUACAACGAGCAAGCACCGCCGAUGGCCUUUUGGGUUUGUGGAAACGACAAUCUCGUUGAUGGCGAGAAACUCCUCCGACGUUUUGAGAAGGGUCGCGAGCCCUUUGUUGAUGUGGUUCAUAGCAAGACAAUUCCUGAGUAUGAGCAUCUUGACGUGAUCUGGGCUAUGGACGCAGUGGACCAGGUGUUCAAGGAGGUGCGAGAGGUGCUUUGGAAGACGUGCGAUGUGCGUGACAUUUGCCGUGUCCCGGAGGGAUGCGAGCAUGUCGAGCCACGAAAGCCAAAGGUGUCUGUUGCUGAGGACGUGAUUGAUGAAACUCAAUCAAGCAGCAGUGGUGAGAACUAG